UCUUGUGUUACUUCCGGCUCGAGAGAAGUUAUAGUGGCCUACAGCGUCAGGGUACAAGCAGAGCGACGUUGCUAUCCAGGCUCACUACGGCGAUGCUCGGGGGCGGCUCCGUGGAUGGCGAACGCGACACGGACGACGACGCGGCGGGGGCGGGGGCGGUGGCCGCGCCUCCGGCCAUCGACUUCCCCGCAGAGGUGUCGGACCCCAAGUAUGAUGAGUCCGAUGUCCCAGCAGAGCUCCAAGUAUUAAAAGAGCCCCUGCAGCAGCCCACGUUUCCUUUCCUAGUGGCAAACCAGCUGCUGCUCGUGUCCUUGCUGGAACACUUGAGCCACGUGCAUGAGCCAAACCCGCUUCACUCAAAACAGGUGUUUAAAUUACUGUGCCAGACUUUUAUCAAGAUGGGGCUGCUGUCUUCCUUUACCUGCAGUGAUGAGUUUAGCUCACUGAGACUCCACCACAACAGAGCCAUCACUCAUUUAAUGAGGUCUGCCAGAGAGAGGGUUCGUCAGGAUCCUUGUCAAGAUAAUUCUCACAUGCAGAAAAUCAGAUCCAGGGAGGUAGCUUUUGAAGCACAGACUUCACGCUACUUAAAUGAAUUUGAAGAGCUCGCCAUCUUAGGGAAAGGAGGAUAUGGAAGAGUUUACAAGGUCCGGAACAAAUUAGAUGGUCAGCAUUAUGCAAUUAAGAAAAUCCUGAUUAAGAGUGCAACUAAAACAGAUUGUAUGAAGGUGCUACGGGAAGUGAAGGUGCUGGCAGGCCUCCAGCAUCCCAGUAUUGUUGGCUACCACACUGCAUGGAUAGAGCAUGUCCAUGUGGUUCAGCCACAAGACAGAGUUCCCAUUCAACUGCCCUCUCUCGAAGUGCUGCCAGAGCACGAAGGGGACAGAGACAAAGGUGAUGUUAAAGAUAACGAAAGCAGUUCGUCCAUUAUCUUUUCUGAACUCACCCCAGACAAAGAAAAACCUUCUGGGGAGUCUGACGUUAAAAAUGAGAAUAACAACUUGGUGAGCUACACGACCAACUUGGUAAUCAGAAACAACAUUGAAAGUGAAUCGUCCAUUGAGCUCCAAGAAGAUGGCUUGACUGAUGUGUCUGUCAGACCAGUUGUCAAACAUCAGCUGCCUCUGGGGCAUAGCUCAGACAUAGAAGGGAAUUUUACAUCCACAGAUGAGUCUUCUGAAGGCAACUUGAACCUGCUGGGGCAGACAGAGGUUCGGUACCACCUGAUGUUGCACAUCCAGAUGCAGCUGUGUGAGCUCUCCCUGUGGGACUGGAUAGCUGAGAGGAACAAGCGGAGCCGGGAGUAUGUGGAUGAAGCUGCUUGUCCCUAUGUUAUGGCCAGUGUUGCAACAAAAAUUUUUCAAGAAUUGGUGGAAGGUGUCUUUUACAUACAUAACAUGGGCAUUGUCCACAGGGAUCUGAAGCCUAGAAACAUUUUUCUUCAUGGCCCUGAUCAGCAAGUAAAAAUAGGAGACUUUGGUCUGGCCUGUGCAGACAUCAUUCAGAAGAACGCAGACUGGACCAACAGAAAUGGGAAAGGGACAGCGACACACACAUCCAGAGUGGGGACUUGUCUCUAUGCAUCACCUGAACAGUUGGAAGGAUCCGAGUACGACGCCAAGUCAGACAUGUAUAGCUUGGGUGUGAUCCUGCUUGAGCUCUUCCAGCCAUUCGGGACAGAAAUGGAGCGAGCAACAGUCUUAACAGGUGUAAGGACUGGUAGGAUCCCUGAAUCCCUCAGUAAAAGGUGUCCAGUGCAAGCCAAGUAUAUCCAGCUCCUGACUGGGAGGAAUGCGUCACAGAGACCAUCUGCUCUUCAGCUGCUGCAGAGCGAACUUUUUCAAACAACUGGAAAUGUUAAUCUCACAUUGCAGAUGAAGAUAAUAGAACAAGAAAAGGAAAUUGAAGAACUAAAGAAGCAACUAAGCCUCCUUUCUCAAGAUAAAGGGCUGGAGAGAUGAGAGGAAAAUGGGAGCCUGCCUGUGUAGCCUGAAUUAUGCUGUCAGCCAUGUGAAAGUGGACUUACAUUACAGUCAAUAGGAAUGUAAAAUUUCAACCCUUAGCUGAGGACAGGUGUGACUCCAAUUGAACAGAGCAAAUCUGUGUAAAGAUGUAAAAGGGCCCCCAGCUUCCUUUCCUCAAGGGACCCUUCUGUGACCCAAGACUGGACUAAAUGAAGCCUCUUCCUCACACCUUCUCCAAGUUUUGAUUCCUGAGUUUCCUAUUUAAAUGUUACUGCCCACCCCUGAAUCUUAAGGUAAGGCACCACCCUUUUCUUUAAGCUCUGCCUACUGACCAUCCUGUCUUCCUGAAGGUUAUACUACAGAAAUCAGUGCUCCCUCCCCGACAACUGCUUGCCCCAAGGAUGUAUGCCAGCCUGGCUGCUGCUGCUGUGACAGCUGCAAGUCUUCCCUGGUCCUUGUACACUGCUGCCACAGCCAGUUACCAAAGACACUUGAUCACUCCUUGGCUCAAAACUUCUGUGGGCUAUGCUCUGCUUGGAAGGUCAAAGUUCAGCUUCUUAGCACAGUGCACUGUCCCCAGCCCUUCUGUUCUCCUUUGACUGGUAUCAUCCUGCAGCUUGCCCUCAAGUGAUCUUAGCAGCUGAGAUGUCGUCUACCUUUAUUUUGUGUAGUCUCCAUUUCCCUCUUAAAGCCUCAACUCCCCAAGCCAUCUGAAAUUCUCAGACAGCAAUCUCUGAUGCCAUAAAGUGCCUGCCUCUGGCUGGCAGUCAUCUCAGUGCAUUGCACUUGGUUUUACUGACUUUAAAAUAAAAUGAAAUAAAAUCUAUAGAUCAAUGGU